AUGGUUGCUGACGCUCUUGUCUACCACCCUGCGCUGGCGCACUGGCUGCGCUUCGUCGCGACAACUGUCGGCCGCGACAAGAUCCUCCGAACCGUGCAAUACUUCUCCCGCUUCUACGCAUGGUACCUAUACCGAACCAACAAGCCCCAGUCUUCAAUCGACCCCUACAAUGCAGUGAAGAAGCAGUUCGGCACGACGCGCAAGAUCAUGCGAAUCGGCAAAUUCCUCGAACACCUCAAGGCCGCUGCUGUCGCCUUCGAUAACAAGAAUCCCGCCGACCCAGUCCUGAAGUACCUGGCCAUCGGACGCCAGCUCGGCUACGCCGGAUACCUGACACUGGACGCAGUGACGGUCAUCGACGUGAUCGGCAUCCGGAAGCUGGCUUCCGCAAAGAGACUGCAGGAAUCUGCGUACCGGUCUUGGGCUGCGGGUUUGAUCUUCAGUGCUGUGGCGGGUGUUUAUACACUUGUGCGGUUGCAGGAGAAGGAGAAGAAGAUUGAUCGGAAGGAGGGUGAGGGUGUUGUUGAGGCGAAGAAGAUUGAGAAGUAUGUUCAUGCACAUGGACCUGGACCUGUUGAGUGGAUGCUGAUUUGUGAUUCUAGGGAGCGCUCUGCUGCGCGUGUACAGCUGUUCUCGGAUGUGUGUGAUCUUGCUGCGCCUUUGUCUGCUGUUGGUAUUCUCAACCUUGAUGAUGGUAUUGUUGGUAUCUCUGGUACCAUUAGCAGUUUGAUUGGUGUUUGGUCACAGUGGAAGAAGACUGCUUAA